AUGAAGCUCCUUUUCCUGUUUCUUGCAAUCCUGUUGGCAAUGGAACCAGUGAUGUCAGGAGAAUGUUGGAUGGAUGGACGCUGCCGGCUGCUGUGCAAGGAUAAUGAAAACAGCAUCAUACGCUGCCCCGAUCGCAAGCGGUGCUGUGUCCCUAGUCAGUAUUUAACAAUCCAGCCAAUAACAAUUGAUGGAAUUGUUGACUUGAGCACUGCUAUGAUGUCCGCACAAGCCCCAACAAAGAAGAAAAAGAGAAAUCAUGGUUAG